AGAACACACACUUCCCACACACACGCUCACACACACAUGACGGGGAGUUAGAGGCGCGAGGACCAUUUCACCGCCUCGAGAGAAGAUUCUCCUUUCAUGUGGAUUAUAACCGAGAAGAUAACCCGGAUGUCAGAAAACAAAUGAAAUCUCUUUUAUGACUUUAAACAUAUUUAAAGUUGUAAAGUGAGGCUCGGAUAGAAGAGUGUGUUCACGUGGAGCUCUGAUGGAACAUCUGUAGUUUAUCUCCAGGCUCAAUGUCUCCUUAUUACAAUAAUGUUUCUGCAAAACCUUUAUAGCAGGAACUAGUUCUGGUUAUUUAGUAUCCUUUCCAAAAGCUUCGAGAGGAUUGUGAAGACAGGGAGACGGGACUGACUUGCACCAUGAACAACCUGGAGGCUCUGCGGCCGCCGACGUCCACCAGGAAGCCGCUGGGGAAGCUCGCGUCCCGGCUGGAGGAGGUGAAGAACCCGUGGCGGCAGGUGUCCACGCUGGAGCUGAGCCACAACGAGGCGGCCCGCCUGGCCACGGACGCGCUGCUGGAGCAGGGGGAGAAGGAGUACCGCAGGGUGCUGAGCGAGGAGCGGGAGCUCAACUUCCUGUCCCCGCUGGAGAUCCGCUACAUGACCCAGAAUGUGGCCAGAACAUGCGGCUCCGAGAGCAACGGCGUCGGCCCCAACGAGCCGGAUUUCGGGGACGGAGACGCCGUGUCCGAGCUCACCUCCGGGACUUACUUCCCGAUGAUGUCCGACGAGGAGCCGCCGAUGCUGGAGCUCGGCUGGCCGGACUCCCCGGCGAGAUACGGACCGUCCGAGACGCAGAUUUACUUCCAGAGGGACAAGUCCCACAACGUGAAGGACCUGAUCAGGUCCCUGAUCAACAAAGCCAAGAAGGUGAUCGCGCUGGUGAUGGACGUGUUCACAGACGUGGACCUGCUGUGUGAUCUCAUGGAGGCGUCCAACAAGCGUAAAGUUCCCGUCUACAUCCUGCUGGACGAGAAAAGCCUCGACUACUUCACAGAGAUGUGCGCCGCGCUGGACAUUCAGAGCUCACACAUGAACAACAUGCGUAUCCGCAGCACGGUCGGAGACACGUACUGCACCAAGAGCGGCAAGAAGUUCACCGGUCAGGUCCUGGAGAAGUUCUUGAUCAUUGACUGUGAAGAGGUCAUCGCCGGGUCAUACAGUUUCACCUGGCUGUCGUCUCAGGUGCACAGCAACAUGGUGAUGCAUUUCUCAGGUCGCAUCACCGACAGCUUCGACCGGGAGUUCCGCUGCUUGUACGCCGACUCGCAGAUCAUCGACUGCUUCUCCUACGUGGAGGACGAGGGGAUGCCGUACUACCCGUCGUACCAAGCCAUGAUGGCCCCCGGCGUGGGCAUGGGGCUUGGCCCGGUCACGGGGCUGGAUUUACUCUCUGACAGCAGGCAGAGGGACCGGGUGUGCUCUGAAAACUCCAGCAGCCAAUCAAGUAACAGCGUGUCCAGUGUGAAGGCCGCACCUGGGAUGACCCCGAACACGGUCUACAAGGUCACUCAAAGUCACGACAAGAAGGAGCUGAACAACAACCCUCACCUCAGCCCUGAGAGGAGAGGCCAGACCCUGAUAGCCCAGAGCCACGUCACACCAGGACCACGAGCCUCGGCUAACGGAGGAGCCAAUCACAGCUCGGCUAUGGAGCGGCCCCCGCCGGCCUACGGUCAGCAAGUGGGCAUUGAGUGGAACAAGCCCAACGCGGCAGAUGCCAUGCGGUCAAACAUAGGCGGCACCUCGUCCAAGUUCCAGGCGUUGGGGUUGUAUGAUCACAAACCAAGCAUGUUCCACGGUGCCGGGCUCGUCCCUGGCACUCCUAACUCAAACCUAAACCCCAAGACCCAGACGCUCUCCCCCGCCAAUGAUGGCAAACUCACCCCCAGGCAGAGGAUUCCCUCCAACCAGUUCUUCAACAAACUCUCAGACAUCUUCCUGCCCCCCUCCAGCAAAGAAACCUACAACUUCAGGGCCACGUCCCCCCACGACAUUCCGCCCUGGGGGGGACCGGACCUCUCUCAAACUGAGCCGGAGAGCGAGCAGAGCCCACCGCCCCCGCCCUCUCCACCCGCGAUGAUGAACCGGCAGGACCAGAAACGGUUGACACUCGGCCACAGCAAGCUGGACCUGGUGAACCAUUACAACAAGAUGAAAUCCAAGCAGGUAUACAGCCGCUUCGAGCUCAAGACUCCCAAUUAAACUGAGUUCAGACGUGUGUUCAACUCUCUCUUCCAAACUCUUCCUCGUUCCUCACGUGUCUCUUCUUACACUCGUACGACCAUGAAGACGAGUCUCCGCCGUCGUUUUUAUAAAAUGUUUGUCGUCAUUGUAAAUCCAGCCAUGACGGCCAUGUUGGCUCGCAGGCUCCUUCCUUCUUUACACAGUUUUCCUCUGUGAUUCUUGAAACCAUAUUGCCUCUUUUGUCAUGUGAGGAGCCUUAACAAGUGGGGGGCGGGGGGGGGGGGGGGCGUAGUUUACACGCAUGAACAGUGACCAUUCAUUUUCCAACAUUUGAGCAAAAAUAAUGUUUUAGUUGGAAACUAUUUUACUUUUUGUAUGUUCUUUGAUGCAAACGUACAAAAACAAAGAAGUAAAAUAAAUGUUUUUUUCUUCAGAAUUCAACAGAUUAUCUGUUAAUCUGUGUAAAGGGAUUUAAAGUGUAAAAAACAUCUUCAUUUCUUUCUUUUGAUGCUAACAGUUUAGCUUGGUUUACAUUAUUGCUGUAACACUCCUGUUUUAAAGUGUACACCAGGUGCCUUGAUCAUCCUGCCUUCAGGUUUACACUCGCAUUAUGGACUUAAUAUCGAAGUGUUGAUAAAGGUACACGCCUGUUUGAAACGUCUGUCCUGGGAAUAAAGCUCGCUGGUGCUGUACCUUAUUACAAUUCUGGGAAAGUAGGUUUGUCAUAUCUGUUUUAAGAAACUGCUCUCAUGCCCUUCAAAUGUCUUCAUUACAGAGGAAUGUUUCAGAUAUGUAUAUUUGUAUAUAUUCUGAUGAUUACACAGUUAAUACUAAUUGUAUUAUUUGCUUAAUGUUUUUCUUUUAGUAGUUUCUCUGUGAUGAAUUGUGCUGAUUGAGUAGUUUAUCGCAGGGCGAAAUCCUUCCUCCUCAGCGCGGAGCAGCAGCCAUCCAAAACUGAUUUGUGCUGUUGUCACAUGAGCAAUAACCAUCGAUCUGUUAUUUUAACACAUUUGUUUAUAUUGUUUGUAUACUGCUCGUUUCCAUACUGGUGGCUUUUUUUAAAAUCCGUCUCAUGUUUGUCCGACUAAUGUACAUUACGUUGUGUGUGUGUGUAUAUAUAAGACAUUUAAAGACUGUCAGGAAUUUGGGUUAUUUUUAAAGAAACACUUCUUAAACGGAUUUGUUUAUGUUAUUUUAUUUUUAAAAUGCGUUAAGUACUGGAGAAUGUGAACUUUCUGAGUUUUAAAGUUGGUUUUAAUUUUGUAAAAAAGAGCACUUGUGGAUUUAAUAAAAAAUAAAAGUUGAAGUUAAGAGUU